AGAGAGACAGAGAAAGACCAUGGCGAGGAACUGACCGGCUUGGCUCAGCCACAGCUGUGGGGAAGGGUCUCUCUGAGAGGAGGCGCAGAGGAAGAUCCUGUUGGCCUGAACUUCCUGAGGAGGAUGUUGCCGUCGCAUUGGGGGUGGUGGUUGACCUCUUGCACUUUUGCCAAAGUCUUGGUGGCCUCGGCCGUCUUUGCUGAGAACACCUCCUGGGCCGGAGCCUACGAUGCCGAGACAAAGGCCAAUGGCAGCUGCGAAGGAUCCACCCAAUGUCAGCCGGGAGUGCUGCUCCCCGUCUGGCAGCCGGACAACCCGUCCUUUGGCGACAAGGCUGCCAGGGCGAUUGUCUACUUUGUUGCCAUGAUGUACAUGUUCCUGGGAGUCUCCAUCAUCGCCGACCGCUUCAUGGCAUCCAUCGAGGUGAUCACCUCGAAGGAGAAGGAGAUCACCAUCACCAAGUCCAACGGCGAGACCAGCAUUGGAACCGUGAGGAUCUGGAACGAGACGGUCUCCAACCUCACCCUUAUGGCUUUGGGUUCGUCGGCGCCGGAGAUCCUCCUCUCGGUGAUUGAGGUUUGCGGCCACAACUUCCAAGCCGGCGAGUUGGGUCCUGGCACCAUCGUGGGCAGCGCGGCAUUCAACAUGUUUGUGGUCAUUGCCGUGUGCGUCUAUGUCAUCCCCACCGGUGAGAGCCGCAAGAUCAAGCACCUGAGGGUGUUCUUCGUCACGGCUUCCUGGAGCAUCUUUGCCUACAUCUGGUUGUACCUGAUCCUGGCCGUCUUCUCGCCGGGGAUCGUGCAGGUGUGGGAGGCCUUGCUGACCCUCGUCUUCUUCCCGGUCUGCGUGGUCUUUGCGUGGAUGGCAGACAAGCGCCUGCUCUUCUACAAGUACGUCUACAAGAGGUAUCGGGCGGAUCCUCGCAGCGGCAUUAUCAUCGGCACCGAGGGAGAGUUCCCCAAGGGGAUAGAGAUGGACGGCGGCUUCGUGGGCAACGACCACCGGGAGAGCGUCUUUGUGGACGGGAGCGCGGCCUCCGUGGCCCCGCUCCCCGUCACCACCCAGGAGGAGAAGGAGCUGGACGAGAGCCGCAAGGAGGUCAUCCAGAUCCUCAAAGAUCUCAAGCAGAAGCACCCGGACAAGGAGCUGGACCAGUUGGUCGAGAUGGCCAACUAUUACGCCCUGUUGCACCAGCAGAAAAGCCGGGCUUUCUACCGCAUCCAGGCCACGCGGAUGAUGACAGGGGCGGGGAACAUCCUCAAGAAGCACGUCUCCGAGUUCUCCAAGAAGUCCGUGAACCUGCUGGAGGUGCCGUCGGAGGCAGAGCCGGAAGAGAACUACAGCAAGAUCUUCUUCGAGCCGUGCAUGUACCACUGCCUGGAGAACUGCGGCUCGGUCACGUUGACCGUGGCUUGCCAGCAGGGCGGCGACACCUACAACACCUUCUAUGUGGACUACAAGACGGAGGACGGCUCGGCCAAGGCGGGCUCCGACUACGAGUUCAGCGAGGGGACGCUGAUCUUCAAGCCCGGCGAGACGCAGAAAGAGCUGAAGAUCGGCAUCAUCGACGACGACAUCUUCGAGGAGGACGAGCACUUCUUCGUCCGGCUGCUCAACUUGCGGGUGGGGGAUGCCGAGGGCAUGUUCGAGUCCGAUUCGGCCGACCACCCCAAGGGGAGGCUCGUGGCGCCGCUGGUGGCCACCGUGACCAUUUUGGACGACGACCACGCCGGCAUCUUCACCUUCCAGGAUAAACUAUUGAGGGUCAGCGAGUGCCAAGGGACCCUGGAGGUCAAGGUCAUCCGCAGCUCGGGGGCCCGCGGGACGGUCAUGGUCCCCUACCAGACGGUGGAAGGGACGGCGCGAGGAGGGGGAGAGGAUUACGAAGACACCUGCGGGGAGCUGGAGUUCAAAGACGACGAAACAGUGUAA